UGAGCCCCGACUUCGCGGAGGCUCCGGUAGAGCACCGGUCGGGCAGGGCAGCGCGUCCUUCCAUCGGCUUCUUUCCCUCGCCGCCGCGCCCAGAGUUACCAACCUUCCAGUUUCUCCUGCAGCUGUCCAGCCCAUCAUUUUCUGACCGAGAUAUGGCUGCCCACUUCUAGGUUCGGGAGGUUUUAGUGGUUUAAAAAGAAAAAUCAAAAAAGCAUCAGCAACAACAAAAAAAACCUGUUUGAGAGAAGGGGGCGUGGCAGGGAAGGAUGCGAAACCCGGUUCUCCUGCUCUACUUCUGGAGCGUCUAUUGUUGCUUCCCGGCGGGAAGUCUCACAACCUUACGUCCCCAGGGGUCGCUGCGAGAUGAAUAUCAUAAGCCCACCGGAGUGCGGGCUUCCGCCAAACCCUCUGUGGCUUUUAACAUCCGCACUUCGAAGGACCCAGAGCAUGAAGGGUGCACUCUCUCCCUUGGUGACAGCCAACUCUUGGAAGACUGCGGCUUUAACAUGACAGCCAAAACCUUUUUCAUCAUUCAUGGAUGGACGAUGAGUGGCAUGUUGGAAAAAUGGCUGCAUAAACUUGUGUGGGCCCUGCAGACGAGAGAGAGAGAUGCCAAUGUCGUGGUGGUUGACUGGUUGCCCUUGGCUCACCAGCUCUACGUUGAUGCAGUCAAUAACACCAGAGUGGUGGGACAGAGAGUGGCCAGGGUGCUUGACUGGUUGCAGGAGAAGGAAGAGUUUUCUCUUGCGAACGUUCACUUGAUUGGCUAUAGCCUUGGAGCACAUGUGGCUGGAUAUGCUGGCAACUUUGUGAAAGGAACAGUGGGCAGAAUAACAGGUCUAGAUCCCGCAGGACCCAUGUUUGAAUCAGUGGACAUCGACAGUAGGCUGUCUCCAGAUGAUGCAGACUUUGUGGAUGUCCUGCACACCUACACAAUGUCCCUUGGCUUGAGCAUUGGGAUUCGGAGGCCCGUGGGUCACAUUGACAUCUAUCCCAAUGGGGGUGACUCUCAGCCAGGCUGUGGAUCCAGUGAUGUCUUGGCAUCUUUGGCAUAUGGAUUGAUCACAGAAGCGGCGAAAUGUGAGCAUGAGCGGUCCGUACACCUCUUUGUCGAUUCUCUGGUGAAUCAGGACAAGCCGAGCUUCGCCUUCCAGUGCACGGACUCCAAACGCUUCAAAAAGGGGAUCUGUCUCAGCUGCCGGAAGAACCGUUGUAUUAGCAUUGGCUACAAUGCUAAGAAAACGAGGAAGAAGAGGAACAGCAAAAUGUACUUAAAAACCCGGGCUGGCAUGCCUUUCAGAGUUAACCAUUAUCAGAUAAAAGUCCACAUCUUCAAUUACAAGAGCAGUGGAGGCAUCCAGCCUACCUUUAACGUCACCCUGUAUGGCACUAACGCGGACUCCCAGAGCAUGUCCUUGGAAGUAGUGGAGAAGAUCUGGCUGAAUGCCACCAACACCUUCCUGGUCUACACGGAGGAGGACUUGGGUGACCUCCUGAAAAUCAGACUUACCUGGGUGGGAAUAUCUCGUUCCUGGUACAACCUGUUCAAAGAGUUUUACACCUACCUGUCUCAACCCAGCAACCCCUCAAGGGAGCUGCACGUCCGAAGGAUUCGUGUCAAGUCUGGGGAAACCCAGCACAAAAUGACAUUUUGUGCUCAAGACCCUAAGCAGACUAGCAUCUCUCCUGGCCAAGAGCUGUGGUUUCACAAAUGUCGGGAUGGCUGGAGAAUGAAGAACGAAACCAGUCCUUUUGUGGAGCUGGCCUGAGCGCCCAGGAAGCCAACAGCCCGCUGUCCAUACACGUGGAGGAAAGUUACUGCUGAAGACCCACAGGAUGGAAGACCUCAGCCUUGGCGCUGGAGCCCCACAAGAACCUUACUACUCACUGGCCUCAGCUUGCUUCCCCUGUCAACCGGGACUUCUCCCAGAGAGUCCUGCACCCUGCUGAAGCCCUAGCUGAUGAUCCUAACUCCAAACUUCCCUCAACCCCCUGGGAAGCUGUAUGUGAUCACUGGAAUGUCCAGAGCCCUGGUGCACUCUGGGCCACUCUCUCACUGUGGCUAGGUGAGCCCUGGCUUUUUCUAGCCACAGGCAACACAGGCUCGGAAGUGGCUUUGUGUGGAAGGGUGACAGAUGCUUGGCCCCACUGCACCUUAGUGACAAGUCUUUCCCUAAAGACUCAUACCACAUUGACGGACCUGUUGUCCACUGAGGGGACAACAGAUCAGGCUGAUGUUAAUUCCUAGUGUUCUUCCAUGUGAGACGACAGAUCCUGGUCCUAUUUUGGGUAUCCCAUCAUGCUCCCCAACUCGCCUUCUGAAACUCACUCACUGUUGGCAUAUUUCUUUUCACGGCGUUCAUACUUUGAGCAAAGGUUUAUUGAGCCCUUCAACUAAUUACCACAGGGCAGUAGACACACGACUCAAUCUUUGCUUCUGUCCAAUGGGAUCAGGAUCUCUGGAAUCAGAGUUUACUGGCCCAGGAUCAUGGGUCUACAGGUUAUGGUUCACAGGUAUGCCUGUGGUUAAAGACAGCUGGGGCCCAGGCUACUGGCUGAAAGAGCUGGGGAGCUGAGGCUUGUUGUGUGUCAUUUCCUCUAAGGGCCAUGCUUGAUCACUAGCAGAGCAACAAGCAGAAAAUCAUGCAUGGUGGCCACAGUGGUAGAGCAAAGUCUCCACUGUUUAGGGAGCUAGACAGUAUUGCAUGUCUCCUACAUGCCUGCUGUGCAGAAACCACCCACCCUUGACAGAGCUGGCGGUGAGUUUUGAUACAGUGCUCUCUCUUCUAUGAAAUAGCUUGCUUUCCUAUCAGUGCUGUCUCUGUGUUAAGCUCCUGGGAAAAGCCUCCUGGUUUAUAUCUUAACGUGAACUAAUAAAUGUGCUACCCGAGACACCCUUCUGUAGUUUCUAGACAGCUUGUGUGUGUGUCACCUAAUCAGAGUGCGGGGCAGCCGGUAUUAUUCUUGUUUUGCAAAAUCAAGGCUUAGGGAAAUUCAGUCACCUGCUUAGAUGGUAUAUCAAGGUGGUGGUGGGGCCAAACGGAGGCUUCGGUGAGGUUUCCUGGAGGCGAAAUUCAGGAAAUCCUCUCUGCCACACCACAAAGAUGUCUACAACUAUUGCCUAUCCGUAUGUUCCCGAUGUGAUAAACAGGAGAUUUUUUUUUUUUCCCCAGAGCUAUCCAUAAAAUCCAAACCGUUUCAUUGGUAUACAACCAGAAGACUGCCUGGGAGAGGGCUGAGUUUGAAGGGUGAACUGUCAGCUGGGGGUGGGAGAGCAAUCACUCUCUGUAUUUAGUUUUUAAAUGGACUUCCUUUGUAUCUGUACUGUACCAAAUUUGUAUCGCGGUUUAAAGCCAAAUUUCCGAAGACAUAACCAGUUAGGCCUUAAUGCAAAGAGCUCCCUCAAUCCCUCAGUGUGCUUCUGCGAUUGCUUUCUAGCCAAAGUUGAGCUUGUUACUGGCCAUGCCUCCUGGUGACUCCCAGCUUCUGUGUUUAGUCAUGGAAGCUUGGAGAACUGAACCCUCUGUGAGCUGUGUAUUUAUCUAUUUGACUUGAAGCCUUGUUUGUAUAUCUGAUGCUUUUUUUUAAAAGGCUUAGACCACUAUUUAUUUCUUGAGUGUAUAUAAUGUAUAAAGACAAAUAUAUGGUUGGUUUUUACUUUAAUAUGAAACCAUUUCAAGAUUUUUUAAAGAAGUUUAAUAGUAAAAUAAUAAAAACAAUACAACUCUUAA